AUGUUUAAAAUAACUAAAUCAUCAAUUGAUUUACCAUUUCAUCAAUUUGAAUAUUCACAAAAAUUAUAUAAAAGUGAAAUCCUCAAUCAUGAAAAAGAUUUAAAAGAAUAUGAAGAAAUCUAUCAACAUUUGAUUGAUAAUUGUAAUAAUAGUAAUUUAAGACCAAAUUUAGAAUUAUAUCAACAACAACCAUAUAUUAACUUUAACAUUAGAUUAAAGUUAAUUGAAUUCUUAUUAAAAAUGUCCAUAAGAUUAAAAAUCUUACCCUUUGUAUUCUUCAAAGCAGUUAAAAUCUUUGAUAGAUAUUGUUCAAAAAGAAUAAUAUUAUUGGAUCAAAGUCAAUUAAUUAUUACAACAUGUCUUUGGAUUGCAUCUAAAAUUCAAGGAGGUAAUAAUCAUUUCAUAAAUUUAAAUAACAUUGAUAAAAUGUCAGAUAUUAAGACAAUUAAUGAUUUAGGUUAUGGAUCAGGAGGGAAAUUUUUAGGUCCAACAGAAAGAUUCAGAUUACCAAAAUUACAUGAAUUAGUAAAAUUAUGUGGUAAUAAAUGUAAAUAUGAUAAUUCAAUGUUUAAACAAAUGGAAUUACAUAUUUUAACCACAUUAAAUUGGAACUUUAAUGAUGCUUCAAUUGAUGAUUUUAUAAUGAAAUCUCAAGAUUUUAAUAUCAACAAUAAUAAUAAUGAAUUCUUUAAGAUUAAAGAAUACUUAUCAUAUGUUUCAUUAUAUUCCAAUGAAUUAAUUGAUGUUAAUAUAAUUGAUUUAUCAAAAGUAAUUGUUGAUUUAAUCAAUGAAACUUUCAAUUUGAAUGAAAAUCAUUAUUAUUAUCAAACAUUAAAUGGUCCAUUAAAUAAUGAUGAUGAAGAUUUCUUCAUUGAAGGUGAAAAACCAAUAGAGAAUUAUAAAUUUGAUUUAAAUACUUAUAAGUUCAUUAAAAAGAAUUUGAUUAAAGCUAUAUUAAAAUCAUCAGAUUUCUUAUUACAAUUAUUCAAUUCAAGAGGUCCCCAAUUCUUAUAUAAUCAAAUGUUAAUGAACUAUAAUGAUCAAUUCAAUCAAAUAUCACAAAAAAUCGAAUGUCAAAAAAUCGAUUGUCAAAAAUUCGAAUCAAAUGAUUCUCCAUCACAAUGUAAUGAUUCAUUCAGAAAAGAUUUCAUAUCUUCUCAACCUCCUUCAAUUCCUGUUCCAUAUCCACCAUCAACUCCAACUGAUGAAUCUUUCAUUUAUAAACCAAUUCCAAUUCUGUCUCAUUCAUUAAUUAAAAAAUUUGAUAUUAAAAUCAAUACUAGUCAUCAACAUAAUAAUAGUACAUUAAGUAUUAAUUCAUCUCAAAGUAUUAAUACUUCAAACACUUCAAUUUUCGAUCUUGAUUCCAGAAAAUUCGGAGUUUAUACUCCAGUUUCCGAUGAAGAUUCUCCAAUUUAUCAUUUUAAAUAG